GGAGGUGCCCGCCGGGCAUCCGGGCAGCCCUUGGGGGUCUCGGCCUUCAGCUCCCCCYACGGCUCGCCGGUGUGUCCUCGAGUGGACGCACGCACUCCGAAGGGGAGUUUGCAGACGCUCCCUCGCGCCGGGGACGCGGCUCCUUUAAGGGGACUUUGAACAUGUCGGGGAUCGCCCUCAGCAGACUCGCCCAGGAGAGAAAAGCUUGGAGGAAGGACCAUCCUUUUGGCUUUGUGGCUGUCCCAACUAAGAACCCAGAUGGCACGAUGAACCUGAUGAACUGGGAAUGUGCUAUCCCAGGAAAGAAGGGGACUCCGUGGGAAGGAGGCUUGUUCAAGCUGCGGAUGCUCUUCAAAGAUGAUUAUCCAUCCUCACCACCGAAAUGUAAAUUUGAGCCACCGCUGUUUCACCCAAAUGUGUACCCUUCUGGUACUGUGUGUCUGUCCAUUCUGGAGGAGGACAAGGACUGGAGGCCAGCCAUCACGAUCAAGCAGAUCUUAUUAGGAAUACAGGAACUUCUAAAUGAACCAAAUAUCCAAGACCCCGCUCAAGCAGAGGCCUACACGAUUUACUGCCAAAACAGAGUGGAAUAUGAGAAAAGGGUUCGAGCACAAGCCAAGAAGUUUGCACCCUCAUAGACAGCGACCCUGUGGCACCGCAAAAGGAAGGGAUUGGUUUGGCAAGAACUUGUUUACACCUUUUGCAAAUCUCAAGUCGCGCGUGCAGUUACCGGUCGCCUGGGAGGGUUGGGCGGGCGCCAUCUUCCAUUUCCGCCACUGGCAUACAGUUCUCAAUUCGCUGAAUUGCCCCAGUUUUUCAUACAGGGUCUCUUCCUUCAGUCUUUUGUAUUUUUGAUUGUUAUGUAAAACUUGCUUUUAUUUUAAUAUUGAUGUCAGUAUUUCAACUGCUGUAAAAUUAUAAACUUUUAUACUUGGGUAAGCCCCUAGGAGCUAGUUCCUUUGCUCGGAUGCAGGCAUGCUUCACCGUUCAGAGCUGUCCCGGCCUCCAGCGGGCUGUGUGGAAGUCCCUGUCCCUCCCUCCCACACCCUUCUCUCAGAACCUGGCUGUUGCUAAUGCGCCUCCUAUCCAAAGUCAGCAGCGUCUCGACCCGCACCUCUUCCUUUGUGUUUAUAUGGCGUUUGUCUGUGUUGCUGUUUAGAGUAAAUAAACUGUUUAUAUAAA